ACUAUAUCAAAGCAUUAAUCAUUCAAAAUGGCGAGAUAAUAUUUGUUGCAAUUUUCUCACUACUUUUUUUUUGAACAAAGAACUUAAUAAAAACGAAUUUGAAAUUAUUUUGAAAAAGCUUAUUGUAAUGUUUCUUGGAAAAAGAGAAUUAUUUUUACGAGUGGUGCUGACUGGUUUUAUAGGUAUUUGUUCGUUCAUUGGUGAUCAAGGUUUAAAAUAUGGAAAAACUGCUGUGGCACGCGCGAUUUUUGACAAUGUCACCCAUGCAAUUGUGGGUGGUCUUACUUGGGCAGUCAUUUUAAAUUUGUCAAAAAAAUCUCUCACUCAAAACUUCUCGAGUAUUUUCUGCAGUUUUUGUUUGUCCUCUUUUGUUGAUGUGGAUCAUUUUAUUGCAGCAUGCAGUUGGAAGUUAAGUGAUGCUACGCAUUUAGAAAAACGACCAUUUUUUCAUUGCACUACUCUUCCUAUAACAGCAUGGCUUAUGAUGAAUUUUUAUGCAAGUGUAUUUAACCAUCCAAAACUCAGCUACUAUUCCUGGAUAAUAUUGGCAAGUUUUUUAAGUCAUCAUAUAAGAGAUGGUACAAGAAGAGGUUUAUGGUUUUGUCCCAUUGGUUCUACACAAUCUAUUCCGUAUUAUUUAUACUUAAGUAUGAGUAUGAUGCUUCCUCAUGUGUUGCAAUGGUUGAUGGCACCGUCUGUGCACGAGGUUAAAUCUCCAGAAGAUGAAACAUUAAUUGAUAUUGUAUAAAUAAUGUAAAGUAAUUAACUGUAUAUAUGUACAUAUAUAUGAGAACAUAAUCUCAUUUUUACGUUAGUACCAUCUAUAUUUUUUUAAUAAUUUAUAUACUUUUUGAUUAAAUUUAUUAUAAAUAAAUAUUAUAUUUGUACAAAUUUUAAAAAAACUACAAGCAUUGUAAAUAUGAAUAUAUCUUGAUUACUUGAUAAAAAAGAAUGAAAAUAAAAAAUGUUUCAAGAAACAUCCUUUUUGCAUGGUAACAAAGGACUGUGCAAACAAUCCGACUUAUUUUAAAAAGCAACAGGAAGUUGUAUAUUUUAUAUUUAUUAUUUUAUACUUUUGUAUUUAUCAUAAAACAGGAAAAACAUAUAUUA